UGUUUUCCUAGUCCUGCUAUGACCUUCUGGGAAUGUUUUCAUCGUGUAAAGCAACCUGCAGUUCCCUACUUUAUAAAUCUCCUUCAUUCCAAGUGUUAACACUACCUAAUUCUCUGCUUUAGAGAGGAAAUCAUGUUUGUUUUUUUGAAGAGCCUGCUGGGAAGAGGAAUAUUUGCAUUUCAAAUAUUUUUUUUUCCAUUUCAUAAAUUGUCUUGAGUUCUCUUCCCAGCGGGCAGCACAAGGCUGUUUAUACAAGGGAAGAGGGAAGCUUGCUUUCCCAUUACUUCCACAAAAAUACGAUUAACAGCGAUAACUAUGCUAAUUACUGCUCUUGGAAUGCACCUCACUGGCUGGAGAGGCAAUGCUUUGGGGUAAUAAUUAACUCCUUUUUCCCUCAAUUACCUUUUAUUAGGAGAGCAGGAGGUGUCAGAGUAAAACAGCCGCGUAUCUUCCAAGAAAAGCUGGCGUUUUCCAAGGAAACCCAAGCGGAGGUGCCUCAUUAAGAGAACGGGGCAGGACAAACAUUCCCAUGGCGAGCUGGGCCUUGGAGCUGCUCGGCUUCUCCCUGAGCCUGCUGGGCCUAAUUGGGACGUUAAUUACCACCGUCCUGCCGCACUGGCGGCGCUCGGCGCACGUGGGCACCAACAUCAUCACGGCCGUGGCCUACGUCAAGGGGCUGUGGAUGGAGUGCGUGUGGCACAGCACCGGCGUCUACCAGUGCCAAGUGCACCGCUCCCAGCUGGCGCUGCCCGCCGACCUCCGCGCCGCCCGGGCCAUGAUGGUCAUCUCCUGCCUGCUGGCCGUGCUGGCGGCCGGCGUCGCCGUGGUUGGCAUGAGAUGCACGCACUGUGCCGAGGACAGCCCCGCCAAGGCCUCCAUCGCCGGCUCCGGCGGGAUCGGCUUCGUGGCGGCUGGGCUGCUCUGCCUCGUGCCGGUGUCGUGGAGCACCAACGACAUCGUUACGGAUUUCUACAACCCCACGCUUCCCGCUGGGAUGAAGUAUGAGAUAGGGCAGGCUCUUUAUCUGGGAUUUGUCUCCUCGGCCUUGACCAUCCUGGGUGGUGCCCUGCUGGGCACGUCGUGCCUCGGGAACCAGACGCCUUUCCAGCCGCAUUCUGGGUCUGGAGAGCCUCCCUCCUCCAGGAGCGCCUCCAAGGGCAACCACGCUCCUUCCCUGACAUCUGCAUCCCACAGCGGCUACAGGCUGAGUGACUACGUGUGAGUUCCGCGGGAUCUUGGCCUCGGGAAUCCUGUGUGUGGCACCAGGGAACUCGGAACCGGCGUUGAAGUUUAGCGUUGUUUAUUCCUUCCUUUUCUUCCCUGAGGAGUAAAGGAUGUGGACAAAGAACUGCUGCCUGCAAAACCUGGAAAAUAAAGGCAAAGGAGGCUGAGAUGUUCCCAAGGCAGCACAUCCCUGUCUACCUCCAAUCACAGCUUUGCAGGCAGGUAAUUCAAGGGGUAUUUUGUUAAAAAUAAUGGUUUGGUUUGGAGUCGGUGCCCUGUGAAGCAGAGCUGGCCACAUCUCUUUGUUUCUUCCCAAAAAAGACAGUUUCCCCUAAAACCUGGAAUUUCUUGGGGAUACACAGUGAUUUCCAGCACUGACUGCCUGCUCGGUUCCUCAUUUCCAUAAUUCAUGAACGUUUCGUCAUGACAAGGUAUUAAUUUUGCUCUGACUUAACUCUUUGUUUGUUUUUUUAGAGUCCCUUGAAAUAAGGAUUUCAGUGGCACCGUGACAGAUGUAUUUGACAGCCUGUUACAGCCAAUAUUUGAAGUUACAUUACAAUGUUUUGACCUGAUCAAAAUAAAAUUUCAGCGCAUUUUUGAAAUGCAUCACGAGGGAGACAAACCCUCUCAGAAUUGGGGUUUAUUACAAACUUUGGGAAUAGAAUGGAACCAGACAUUUGAUAGUAAAUAUACUUUAAAAAUUAAAAUUAAAAAGUCUCAGAAUUUGUCACGUUUAGCUUUUGAACAGAUUUAGCAUUCUACACAAUCUCUGCAUUAUAGGGAGUGGAAAAACCAUUUCUAGAAUCCUGUUCCCAAAUCCCAUGUAAUGAAAUGUGCUCAUUUCUUAGGUUGAAUGCUGGUAUUCUGUGCCUGAAGGUGCAUUGGGGUUAGCAAGGAUAUUUCCAUCCCCUCCAACGAUUUUUGGGGAACUUCCAGUGGGGCACAAGGCACCCUCCAUGCCAACAUUCAUGGACUGUGACCACUGCUUGUCAGGAGUACCAAAUCCAGACAUUUCCUUCUAAGAUCCUUACAAAAUUCCAUCGUUCCACAGGGCAUUGAAACAAUCAAAAAUCAAAAUAAUGAGCAAAGAAGCCCAGCACUCUCCAUUUCACAUUACAGGCACGCAUAUCGUGACAUAAAAUUAUGAUAAAACAGAGAAGCAAUGGAUUUCACUGAAAUCAGAAAUUUAUACAACUUUCAGCAGAUGGACCAACACACUGAAAAACAACAAUACCAAGACCUAAGAGGCAGCAAUCCUUCAUUUGGCAAAAAAAAAGAAAAAAUUGUUAGCAAUUAUAUUGUCACCUUGUUUCACCUCCAGAGCUGGGAGAUUCUUAACAUUUCCCCUGGUUCCACUCUGAAUCUUCCUUUUUGUGGCUGAUCACCAUUGCCUUUGGCUUGGUGUUGAUUUGAAUUGGGACAGAGGGUUUUCAGCAUUGAUUCAUGUUAACAUCACCACUGUUUUUAAAAACAAAUGGAAUUUCUAAGCAAUUUCCUGAGACCAGCAAUAAUAAAAGUGAUCUGGGACCUGA